AUGCUCUCAGAUAAUGGUGCUAAACAGAAGGUCUUGCGAGUACUCGGUGCCAUACGCGAGCCGUACGAGGCACUAGGAGCCAUGGGGGUGGCUCCGAAGCCCAGGAGUGCGUGUAUGGCACUCACUCAGCAAGGGGGCACAGAGAAGAACCACGAAGCACUGGGACUCAGAGAAGACCCACGAAGCACUGGGGCACAGAGAAGACCCACGAAGCAAUGGGGCACAGAGAAGAACCACGAAGCACUGGGGCACAGAGAAGACCCACGAAGUACAGGGGCACAGAGAAGACCCACGAAGCACUGGGGCACAGAGAAGACCCACGAAGUACAGGGGCACAGAGAAGACCCACGAAGCACUGGGGCACAUAGAAGACCCACGAAGCACUGGGGCACAGAGAAGAACCACGAAGCACUGGGGCACAGAGAAGACCCACGAAGCACUGGGACUCAGAGAAGACCCACGAAGCACUGGGGCACAGAGAAGACCCACGAAGUACAGGGGCACAGAGAAGACCCACGAAGCACUGGGGCACAUAGAAGACCCACGAAGCACUGGGGCACAGAGAAGAACCACGAAGCACUGGGGCACAGAGAAGACCCACGAAGCACUGGGACUCAGAGAAGACCCACGAAGUACAGGGGCACAGAGAAGACCCACGAAGCACUGGGGCACAUAGAAGACCCACGAAGCACUGGGGCACAGAGAAGAACCACGAAGCACUGGGGCACAGAGAAGACCCACGAAGCACUGGGACUCAGAGAAGACCCACGAAGUACAGGGGCACAGAGAAGACCCACGAAGCACUGGGACACAGAGAAGACCCACGAAGCACUAAAUCAUAGAGAAGAUUCACAAAAGACUCGGGGCAUAAAAGACCUACGAUUUAGCAGACCCAUAUUUUGUUGA